AUGAAGGAAGAUGGCGUACAGGUUGAUGAAGAGAAGGUCGCAGCUAUCCGGGAUUGGCCUAGUCCUAAGACCGUUGGAGAGGUCAGAAGCUUUCAUGGCUUGGCCGGAUUCUAUCGGCGGUUUGUUAAGGAUUUUAGCACCAUAGCCGCGCCAAUGACUGAGAUUAUCAAGAAGGAAGUUGGUUCAAAGUGGGAGAAGGCACAGGAGGAAGCAUUUCAGACUCUUAAGGAUCGACUUACUAAUGCACCUGUUCUUAUGUUGCCUGACUUUCUUAAAACUUUUGAAAUUGAGUGUGAUGCCUCAGGAAUCGGAAUAGGAGCUGUUCUCAUGCAAGACAAGAAGCCGAUUGCCUACUUCAGUGAGAAACUUGGAGGAGCCACUCUCAAUUAUCCAACCUAUGAUAAGGAGCUCUAUGCGCUGCACUUCAAAGGCCAACAGAAGCUCAACAAGAGGCAUGCUCGCUGGGCCGAGUUCAUAGAAACCUUUCCCUAUGUGAUCAAGUACAAGAAAGGUAAGGACAAUGUCGUGGCCGACGCAUUGUCUAGACGGUAUACACUUCUCUCUACUCUUGAUGCCAAACUCUUAGGCUUUGAGCAAAUUAAAGAACUAUAUGCUUCUGAUGCUGAUUUUUCUGAUAUUUAUCAAGCUUGUUCUAAGUUUGCUUCUGGUCGAUAUGUGAGACAGGAUGGGUUUCUCUUUUAUGAGAACCGCCUUUGUGUGCCUAAUUGUUCUUUGAGGGACUUGUUUGUCAGGGAAGCACAUGGAGGAGGACUUAUGGGACAUUUUGGAGUUGCCAAGACCAUACAGAUCAUGAGAGAUCAUUUCCAUUGGCCACAUAUGAUUAGAGAUGUGGAGCGCAUAUGUGCUCGCUGCACCACUUGUAAGUUGGCCAAAUCCAAGGUCCAACCCCACGGUUUGUAUACUCCUCUCCCUAUUCCAUCACAACCUUGGACUGAUGUUUCCAUGGACUUUGUUCUUGGUUUACCCAGAACUAGACAUGGAAAGGAUUCCAUUUUUGUGAUUGUGGAUAGAUUUUCUAAGAUGGCUCAUUUUGUUGCAUGCAAUAAAACUGAUGAUGCAUCUCAUGUUGCUGCAUUGUUCUUUAAAGAUGUCAUUAGAUUGCAUGGCAUGCCGCGCACCAUUGUUUCUGAUCGUGAUACUAAGUUCCUUAGUUACUUUUGGAAAACCUUGUGGUCUAAGUUAGGGACUAAGCUUUUAUUUUCCACCACUUGUCAUCCCCAAACUGAUGGUCAAACUGAGAUGGACAGAAGAGAGCUGAGAGUGAAGAAGAUACAUGAGCAGGCAAAGAAGAACAUUGAGGAAAAGACAAGGCAGUAUGAGAAGGCCAACAAGGGACGGCGCGAACUAAUCUUUGAAGGCUGGAGAUCAAGUUUGGAUUCAUCUUCGCAAAGAAAGAUUCCCAGCCGAGCGCAAGUCCAAGCUAUGCCGCGCAUUGAUGGCCCUUUCACAGUCACCAAGCGAAUCAACAACAACUCUUAUAGAGUUGAUCUCCAAGGUAAGUACAAUAUCAGUCCUAGUUUUAAUGUUGCUGACUUAUCUCCUUUUCUUGCAGAUGAACCAGAUUUGAGGUCAAAUCCUUUUCAAGAGGGAGGGGAUGAUGCGAUCAUGGAUGAGGAGGUUCAGGAGCAGCUUUGGCCGAGGAAGAAGAAGAUGGAAUGGAGCAGCUUGGCCGAGGAAGGACUUGAAGCCGCAGCAGCUUGUACCUGA